CGGCACACGGUAGCGUAUAUAAUAUCAUAGUCGCCUGCAGUUUAUUUAAUUCCUCCUCCUCCUCCUCUUCCUCCACCGACGACAACGACGACGAUGACGAUAAUAAUAAUAAUAAUAUUGUGCCGAAAACUAAAAAGUCUGCCCGUGUAGUCAUUUGCGAGCGUGUUUGAGUAGUGCGCACGAGUGCGGUUUUGUCGCUACAUCCGUUCGGUUUCGUUUAUCUGUAUUAUUAUUAUUUCUAUACAUUAUCGUUUCACAUACAGUCGGAAAAUCGCAUGUCGCGUAUUAAUGUAAUAAUAAUACGACAACAGUGCACCACAUACGGACACGCAUAAGCGUACAUAUAUACGUCAAUACGUGGUCGCUCCCGGAGAACGAAUGUUAUAUUAUAAUAUUACUGUUGAUCAUACACAUGGACACGAAACUACGAAAGUCGCACAGGAGUUCGCCUUCAAUAAGUCGCGAUCGUUUAUAGCACCUCCGAGUAGGUAACAAAAUAGCAAUACGCAUAAUAUUACAGUGACCCGAACCGGAAAAGCGACUGAGGCAGCAUACAUCGACGACCACGAGAUAUUAAAUUUCUAUGCCGGCCACGAGUGAUCUCCAAUCAGAAGAAGAAAUGUUAGACGGACUUCAACUUCGUGGACGAUCUUUCGACGUUUCUACUGAUCACUCCAGAUCACCUAGCACAGACGAUGGUUCGUUUUACCACCCAGACAACAAUAAUGUGUCCGAAGACGAUGACGAAAAUAUUAAAAGCGAUUCGGAGAGUUCAGAUGAGAAAUCACGAAGGCCUGUGGCGGGCAAGCGAAAACGACGGGCGAGCAUAGAUGAGGAUGACGGCGACGAACCGAUUGCGACGAAAACGAGAAAAUGUCGCAGGAGCAUCCGGCAAAGGCAAUCGGUGGAGGUGUUGACGGCCAAAGACCGAAACUUGCGAAGGUUGGAGAGCAACGAACGCGAACGAUUACGCAUGCACUCAUUGAACGAUGCAUUCGAGAAAUUGCGCGAAGUGGUACCUCACGUAAAAAUGGGACGUAAACUAUCAAAGUUGGAAACAUUGACAUUGGCAAAAAACUACAUAAUGGCAUUGACUAACGUCAUAUGUGAAAUGAGAGGCGAGCAAAAACCAUUUACUUUUGACGAUCCCGAUCAAGCCGAAAAUGACUAUGCAUCGAGCAACGAUGGUGGAUUCGAAUCGGGUAAUAGUACAAAAACUCCCUCAAAUUUGGAACAAGAGUUAUUAUCAUCGGACUAGUAAAACUGUACGCCGAAAAUCACAUUUCCUAUAUUAUAAUAUAUGUAAACCAACCCUGUUCUUUAGUGAAAAAACAAUUUUUUUUUACCUCAUAUAUAGGUAUUAACGAUAAGAUUUAUUUUUGUCUUGAUAUUUACCAGAAAUUGUUAUUAUUAUUCGUUAUGAUUACUAUGUAUUUGUAUUUGUAUUUAAGUUCUAUGUUAAUGACGAUUAUUAAUUAUUAUUAUUACAAAGUUUUAUUACAAAUUAAGGACUAUAUUAAUAUUAUUUUUAAUACUUAUAGAAAAAAAAGUAUAAAUACUUUUACCAAUCCUACUAAAUAUUACAUGUGAAUAAUAAUUAUUUAAGCACGUCACACACUUAUAUUUUGUUGAAUAAAUGUUGAUU